AUGUCAGAUGCUGGCGAUAUGAUCAACGAGCGGUUAUUGUUGAAAGAGUUGGAAGGUGUAGGGGUGUUCAAGUUGGGAAACUUUACAUUGCAAAGUGGUCAGAUUUCUCCAAUUUACGUGGAUCUUCGUCUACUCUUCACGUCACCCAAAGUGCUUAGGUUAGCAGCGAUUUGUAUGUGCAAUUUGAUGGAAGCGCGGAAUUUAAAGUAUGAUUAUCUCAUAGGUGUGCCAUACGCAGCACUACCGCUUUCAACGAUUGUUGCUGAUCAAUUGGAGAAGCCAAUGUUGUUGCGGCGUAAAGAAGUGAAAUCAUAUGGAACAAAAAAAAAUAUCGAAGGCAACUAUGAAACUGGGAAGCGAGUUCUGAUCAUCGAAGAUGUUGUCGUUUCAGGUAAAAGUAUUUUGGAAACGAUUCUUGUAUUACGUAAUGAAGGUCUGAUCUGUGAAGAUGCUGUGUGUGUUUUGGAUCGUGAACAAGGCGGUCCACAAAAUCUCCAAGCUGAAGGAAUUACUCUACAUAGUUUCGUGGGAAUGAGCAAAGUGCUUGAUUUCCUGAUCGAUAUCGGCACCAUUACUACAAAAAAUAAAGAAGACAUUCUCUAUCAGUUAACACUUCCUCCACCACCAUCAACAACUCAAAAAAUACAAUGCAAUGAUUGGUCAUUAACAACACGGAGAAACUCUACGGAAAAUCCUUUAAAUAAAAGGCUAUUGGAAAUAAUGAAUAAAAAAAAAACAUGUUUGUGCAUAGCAAUUGAUGUCAUCAAAUGUGAAGAGAUCAUACAAAUUAUUGAAAAGACUGGAGGUUAUAUCUGCGCUGUAAAGCUUCAUGCUGAUGUGAUUGAAGAUUUCAAUGAUUCUUUUGUGCAAAAACUUGCAUCGUUGGCUAGUAAUCUUGAUUUCAUCAUUUUUGAAGACAGAAAGCUAGCAGACACUGGCAAUACAACAAAUUUACAGCUUACAAAAGGACCAUUCAAAAUAGCAUCUUGGGCACAAAUUGUCUCUGUGCAUGCUCUUUGUGGACAGUCUGUUUUGAAUGUCAUAAGAAAGAUCGUUAAUCAACCGGAGUCAAAACUUACUGGCUGUCUGUUGGUUGUGGAAAUGAGUUCUGGAGCCAUCACUAAUUCGGAGGAAUAUUUGAAUGCUGCACUGCAGUUGGCAAAAAACAAUCGUGAUAUCGUAAGUGGAUUCAUUUGCCAAAAACGUUGUGCCGAUAUACCGGAUUUUCUGUACUGGACUGCAGGAGUUCAUAUGGAUGCAAUAACCGAUGGAAUUGGUCAAAAUUGGCGUACAAUAGAACAUGCAAUAGGCGUAGAUGGAAACGACAUAGUGAUGGUGGGACGAGCAAUUACUGGUGUAGCUGAUAUCAAUACUCAGAUCCGGCGAUAUCGUGACGCUGCAUGGGAAUCAUUUAUUUACAAGCAGCAAAACCACUGA